GCUCCGGCUAACAGGACGCCAAAUGAACUACGCUGAACUGAACUUGGGAUAAAGGUGUUGAAAGCCGGUGGCCAGGUGUGUGAGGAUGAGUGAGGAACAUUACCUGGAGCUGUGUGAGAACCCGGUGCAGUUUGAACACGCGUCCAGCGUCAACAAUGUCUUCUUCGAUGAAGCUAAUAAACAGGUGUUUGCGGUGCGUUCAGGUGGAGCCACAGGUGUGGUGGUCAAAGGCCCCGAUGACAAGAGCAGUGUUGCCUUCAGAAUGGACGAUAAAGGAGAAGUGAAGUGCAUCAAGUUCUCCAUUGGAAAUAAGAUCUUGGCCGUGCAGAGAACCUCAAAAUCCGUGGAUUUCAUCAACUUUAUACCCGACUAUCCGCACACAGAGUUCACCCAGGAAUGUAAGACAAAGAACGCUAAUGUCUUGGGUUUCUGUUGGACCAACUGGAACGAGAUUGUCUUUAUCACCGACCAGGGAAUAGAGUUUUACCAGGUGUUUCCAGACAAACGCAGUCUGAAACUGCUGAAGAGUCAGAGUAUUAAUGUGAACUGGUACCAGUACUGCCCAGAGACCGCCGUCAUCCUGCUGUCCACCACAGUGCAGGGAAACAUCCUGCAGCCCUUCGCCUUCAGGAACGGGACCAUGUCCAAGAUGUCCAAGUUUGAGAUCGAGCUGCCGGUCGUCCCCAAACCCGCCAAACUCAGCCUGUCGGAGAGAGACAUCGCUAUGGCAACAAUCUACGGUCAGCUGUAUGUGAUGUAUCUGAAGCAUCACUCGAGAACAGCAAACAGUCCAAGUGCAGAGGUGGUGCUGUAUCACCUGCCAAGGGAGGGUGCGUGUAAAAAGAGCCAUGUGUUGAAGCUGAACACCACAGGGAAGUUUGCUCUGAACAUCGUGGACAAUCUGGUGGUGGUUCAUCACCAGAGCUCCCAGACGUCUCUGAUCUUCGACAUCAAGCUGAAGGAGCCGGACUGUGCCGUCAACACACACCAGCCUGUCCUUCCUGCCCGGUCCAUACACCCCUACAGGAUCCCACUGUCAGGUCCAGCAGUCGUCCCCUCUCAGCCUCCAGUUCCCUGUCAGCUCUACUCGUCCUCCUGGAGCGUCUUCCAGCCCGAAAUCAUCAUCAGUGCUAGUGAAGGUUACCUGUGGUACCUGCAGGUGAAGCUGCCUCCGACUGUUAACCUGCUGCAGGACAAAGGCAAACUAAUGGACUUCCUGUUACGGCGGAGAGACUGUAAGAUGGUCAUCCUGUCCGUCUGCUCGCAGAUUCUGGAGGGCGGAGAGAAGGGAAGUCUUCCUGUCGUGGCGACCGUCUUUGACAAACUGAACCAGGUGUACAAAGAAUACCUGGAGGCAGAGCAGAACUACACUGUGGCGAUGGAGUCCGGACCGAGUCGAGGCAGCGCGGCUCAGAAACGCCCCAUCAGAACUCAGGCGGUCAUCGACCAAUCAGACAUGUACACACACGUCCUGUCGUCUUUCACAGAGAGGAAGGGGGUGUCUCACAGGUUCAUCAUUGCGGUGGUGAUGGAGUACAUCCGCUCUCUGAACCAGUUCCAGAUCACCGUACAGCAUUACCUGUACGAGCUGGUCAUCAAAACGUUGGUGCAGCACAACCUGUUCUACAUGCUGCAUCAGUUCCUGCAGUACCACGUCCUCAGUGACUCCAAACCACUGGCCUGUUUGCUUCUGUCUCUGGAGAGUACGUACCCUCCCGCACACCAGCUGUCACUGGACAUGCUGAAGCGUCUGUCCACAGCCAACGAUGAGAUCGUCGAGGUUCUGCUGUCCAAGCAGCAGGUUCUGGGCGCGCUCAGAUUCAUCCGCAGUGUCGGUGGACACGACAACGUGUCGGCGAGGAAGUUUCUGGACGCGGCGCAGCAAACCGGAGACCAGAUGUUGUUCUACACCGUGUUCAGAUCGUUCCAACAGAGAAAUCAGCGGCUGAGAGGAAGCCCCGGCUUUAAUCCUGGAGAGCACUGUGAGGAGCAUGUGGCCCACUUUAAGCAGCUGUUUGGGGAGCAGGCGCUGAUGAAACCCUCCACUGUGUGAAUCACCUCAGACUGGAAACUCACCUGGAUGCGAGCAGGCAACCUGGAAGGGUCACAAACGAACAAACGUGUGGGACACACCGUCACAGACUUGUAUGUUUACGUGCACCACGUGUAUCCUGAGCAUGUCAACACUGUUACACAUGCUUCAUUACAUCCAAAGUUGAAACAGACCUGAACUAACUUUUGUAAGUCUGACUAGAUCACUAUUAGUUAACUAAACAGAGUAUCUGAUAUCACAGACAUAAACAGUUAACAAAUUAUAUGUGUAUGUACAUUAACCAAAGUAACCUGGUUAUUAAUGUGCCUAUUUACAUGAUUCUGAGAUUGCCCAGGUUUCUGAUCACCUGUGCAGGUACAUCUGACUACAUGAAAUUAAUUUUUCCACAGAUACGUUUCCUACAACCUUUCUCCAACCACUGGCCCAAAUAUUUCCUCUUCCUUACACUUAUUUUUUACCUUUGAUUCAAAGGUAUGGUCAAGGGUUUGGAAAUUUGAUCAUUGAUGUUUCUUAUUUUUAUGUAGUCAGAUGUACCUGCACAGGUGAUCGGAAACCAGGGCAAUCAGACAGUCAGAAUUAUGCAAAUUGGCAGAUUAAUAGUCAGGAUACAAUGAAACAUGAUACAGUGAAAACUAACUUGGAUACAUACGAACAUGUCAACAUACUCACUGUAAGCAGCUCAGGUGUCACUCUGACGUCACCUGAUGCAGGGUCAGAGGCUGCACCUAGAAAGGUUCAACAGUAGAUUGAGAUGCCUGCACGAAGACUGUACAUAUGAAAUGAAGGAGGUAAACAAAUUGUUUAUUUUGUAAGAAAAAAAAAUGAAUUAUUGUAUCACGGUCACAGACUGCACUGAAAUGUAUGAAGUAGCAAUGGAAACAUGUUUUUAAUUCUAUUGAAUGACACUGAAAGUAAAAGUAUACUCUAUACAUUAUAAUUGUGUACAGCUAAUAAAAGAUUAACUACAA